ACAUUUGAGCUUAUUUUAAAAAUACCAUGAACAUCUCGUCUAUGCUAUCUAAUGAUUCAGAUGGCAAUCCCAAUCCUGGAGUGGAUGGUUAUGAUGGGUUGUUGAUGUCAUCGUCAACCGUCCAUCCCACACUGGCAUCGACGUCUACAACAUCUGACAACCACAUCCUGCGGGACACGUCGAACGGAAACUGGCACCAGGUAGUUUCAGGUGCCACGGAAGGCACAAAUGGCUUUGUACCCGGGGAAAACCAACAAUCAUCUUCAUCCUACGGCAUUUCUGAUGAUACUACAUCCCACAUACUUGGACAAUUAUUACCUCCAUCUUUUUAUUCAGAGCCAAAGCUGGAGUUGGGACCGGUGGAUCCCGUUCAUCUCGCUAAGCUUGAGUCCAAGUUACUGAAAAUGGUCGAGAUUGAUCGCCAAUUGGGCCAGUUGAACAACCUUAGUAUGGUUGAUGCCGAGUUGAAAAAUCGCUGGAGCCGGUUGGCCAACGACGAACACAACAUUCUAGUGUUGAAUAAAACGUAUCUUGAUAACAAACAGGAAUUGUACGAAGCUUAUGGCGAGCCUCGUGUCAAGCUUGGGGCCACCAGAAGUUCUACGAAGGUGACGAAAAAACCUGUGCCAAAGAGGCCACUCAAAAGAGCUCCUGCCGGAGAUGCUGCCAAUAAUGAAAUUGGUGGUGUAAGUGCUGAUGAACCCAAAAAACGAAAACGGAGAGUGGUUUCCAAAUCUGCUUAUGGUGACGAUGGUCUGAUUGAAGAAAUUAAAAGGGCUUCCAAUGAUGAUGAUGACAAGUUGAAAGGCUCUACCAAAGAAGAGAAAUUUGUGGCCAAGCAGUACGAAAAUGUAUUUAUUUCCAUAUGGAAAGACUUGUCAAGAAAAGAUGGUCCGAAGGUCAGUCGGUUGAUGCAACAAGCCACACAAGCUCGGUUAAUCAACUUAAGGAAAACCAGUAUAUUGGCUGCAAGAGAAGCUAAAAGGUGGCAGUUGAAGAACAACAAGAAUCAGAAGGAUUUGAGUUCGAAGGCCAGAAGAGCCAUGAGAGAAAUGUUCAAUUUCUGGAAGAGGAAUGAAAGAGUUGAGCGGGAAUUACGCCGUAAGCAUGAAAAGGAAUUGAUGGAUAAGGCUAAGAAAGAAGAAGAAGAUAGAGAAGCAAAGAGACAAUCGAGAAAGUUGAAUUUCUUAAUCACUCAAACUGAGUUGUACUCUCAUUUCAUUGGUAAGAAAAUCAAGACCAGUGAGUAUGAAGGUAACGACACCGAUCCCAACUUGCCUCAAGCUCCUUCUGAAAACAACUAUGAUAAAUAUUCAGGAGUUAGCAGCGAAGCAACCGAUUUCAACAAAAUUGAUUUCGACAAUGAAGAUGAAGAGACUUUACAUAAGGCUGCUGCUGCCAAUGCCCAGUUGGCAUUGGAAACCGCACAGAAUAAGGCUAAUGAAUUUGAUGGUGAACCGUUGAAGAAUCCAGACACAAAUGGCGAAGAAAUGAAUUUCCAAAACCCAACAUUAAUGGGAGACAUCAACAUUUCCCAGCCUUCACUUUUGAAGUGUACAUUGAAAGAAUACCAACUCAAGGGUCUAAAUUGGUUGGCCAAUUUGUAUGAACAAGGUAUUAAUGGGAUUUUGGCCGACGAAAUGGGUUUGGGUAAAACCGUCCAAUCGAUUUCUGUCUUGUCAUACUUGGCAGAGACUCACGGGGUGUGGGGGCCCUUCUUGGUUGUGACUCCAGCUUCUACGUUGCACAAUUGGCAGCAAGAAAUUACAAAGUUUGUGCCUGAAUUCAAAGUGUUGCCUUAUUGGGGAAAUUCCAAAGACAGAAAAGUCUUGAGGAAAUUUUGGGACAGAAAGAACGUGAGGUACACCAAAGAUUCACCAUUCCAUGUUCUAGUAACAAGUUAUCAGUUGGUAGUUGCUGAUGCUGCUUAUUUCCAAAAGAUGAAAUGGCAAUACAUGAUUUUGGAUGAAGCGCAAGCCAUCAAGUCCUCGCAGAGUUCCAGAUGGAAAUCUUUGUUGGGUUUCAACUGUAGAAACAGAUUGUUGUUGACGGGGACACCCAUCCAGAACUCUAUGCAAGAAUUGUGGGCUUUAUUGCAUUUCAUCAUGCCUUCAUUGUUUGACUCUCAUGACGAGUUCAGUGACUGGUUUUCCAAGGAUAUUGAAAGUCAUGCCCAGUCCAACACCCAGUUGAACGAGCAACAAUUGAAGAGAUUGCAUGUAAUCUUGAAACCCUUCAUGUUAAGACGUAUCAAGAAGAAUGUCCAAAGUGAAUUGGGUGAUAAGGUUGAAAUCGAUUUAUUCUGUGAUUUGACCAACCGUCAAAAGAAGUACUACCAGAUGUUGAGAUCUCAAAUCUCCAUUAUGGACUUAUUGGAUACCGCUAACAACAACAAAAGUGAUGAUGAUUCGGCACAAACAUUAAUCAACUUGGUUAUGCAGUUCAGAAAAGUGUGUAACCAUCCAGAUUUAUUUGAAAGAGCUGACGUGAAGUCCAGUUUUGCAUUUUCUACCUUCAGUGACACACAAUCCUUCAUGAGAGAAUCUAAUGAUCUUGAGCUUCUGUACACCACCAAAAACUUGAUCAACUUUGAUUUGCCCAGGUUGGUCUAUGAUGAACUUUUAUCACCUGGUUAUAAUAGUGACUUUGGAAUCAAGCGGAAAAUAAGCGGCAUGUUUAAUAUUUACGAUCCGGCUAAUCAAGCUGAAGAAGAUCAUAGCUGGCUCAGGUUUGUUGAUACUACAAAGUCAGAAACUAACAAGUUGAUGCACCAACACAUCUUGACCAGAGCUAUUGCUCACAAACAGUACACCGAUAUCAACUAUUCGAAAAUCAAUAGACUCAACUACCUCUAUGAUGGAGAAUAUGUUCCGGAGAACAAGAAGUUGUUGAUCUCGGACUAUGAAAACAAUUACUCAUUGGUCAGCAACUCAGAGCAUAUGAAGGAAUUGUAUUCAGUGUUAACCAAGGUUUAUGAAGACAUGAAAGUCAGUUCCUUGAAACCAGCUGCUGAACCAAUAGCCACAGCUCCUCCUAUUACUUUCAACUGUAAUAGUAACAGCUUCAACUUUCAUGUAAAUGAUACCCUUUUCGAUUCUAGUAUUCGUUCUGGCUUGUACCCGUUGUCAUUGAACACUGAGUAUGACUUGAUGCAAAAGAAAGUGCCAGUUACCCAAUAUCCAAAAUCCAAUAUGUUGCCAGCUCCGUUGAACAAGUUGAUUGAUUAUUCUAAUAUCAGAAUGCCUUCAAUGACCCGGUUUAUAACUGAAUCAGGUAAAUUGGCAAGAUUGGACCAAUUAUUGGUAGAAUUGAAGCAGAAUGAUCAUAGAGUGUUAAUUUACUUCCAGAUGACGAAAAUGAUGGAUCUUAUGGAAGAAUACUUGACCUAUAGACAACACACUUACAUUAGAUUGGAUGGUUCUUCUAAGUUGGAUGAUAGAAGAGACCUUGUACACGAUUGGCAAAAUAAACCUGAAAUCUUUGUUUUCCUUCUUAGUACUAGAGCAGGUGGUUUGGGAAUCAACUUGACCGCAGCUGAUACGGUUAUCUUCUAUGAUUCGGAUUGGAAUCCUACUAUUGACUCUCAGGCAAUGGAUAGAGCACACAGAUUGGGACAAACAAAACAAGUUACUGUGUAUCGGUUAUUGGCAAGGGGUACUAUUGAAGAGAGAAUGAGAGAUAGAGCCAAGCAAAAAGAACAAGUGCAACAAGUGGUUAUGGAAGGCAAGAGCACCACUCAUAAGGAUGAAACUAAAGAUAAGAAGAAAGAUGUUGCCUAUUUGUUGUUGGGAGGUGAUUCUGAUGACAAGAGUGCUACUCCCGAGCCCCAAAAUUCCAAUGCUUCUACAGAAUAAGUAUUAGCGGGUUUUGCAAUUCCUAUGAAUUAACAUAUAUGAUUGUAUAGGCAAAGAAUACAAGUUAUCAUUCAUUAAAAUUAUCUAUUUAAGGUUGUCUCUAAGGUAUCCAAGAAUGAACGACUGAUAGUGGUUUCAUUCAUAUUGAUAUCCUCGUUUACUCUAUCCUCAUGGGAAGUGUUGCUUCUGGCGUCAACAUCUAUCGAACCUUGGUAUUCUUGGUUCCGGACCUGAUUUUCCAAGUUGUAGAUUUUGUUCAAGCUUUCUUCCAACUUCAACUUCAAGUCAUCUUUACUCAAGGAAUUAUCAUCUUCGUCAAAAGAGGUUCCUUGUGUUGAAGUGAGGAUUUCAGAUAAACCACUGACAUUUGAGUUCAAUGAGUUUAUCGAAAAACGACCAGCCUUUCUUCUUGAUAAAGAGUCGAGUGUAAUUUGGUUGAAGUCACUGUUGUCAUCAAGCAUCUUCAAUGACUUUCUGAGUUUGUCAUGGGAAUUUUUGUUCUCGUCUUCGAAUACAGUCAACAAUCCUAACUUCAAGCCCGAUGACAACUUUUUAGAACUGUCAUCAUCGGGAUUCGGAGACCUAAGUGGAAGUUGCGGUGAUUUGUUCGAAGAUCCUGAGAAAGCCUUCUUGUGCCUGGUGUGAAAAGACUUCAAAUUAAAUUCACCACUAUUCCUUGAGUUCCGAUUGGAGUUAGACGAAUUGGAUAUAAGCUCAUCAUUUUCAAAAGUAUUUGCCAGGUGCUUGAAUUCCUGAAGAUUCAAUCGAUAAAGUUCGUUAAUGGCAUUCAAAUCAUCGCUGAAUUGGCUCAAAAUGGUAAUUUUCUCGCUGAGUUCGUUGUUGUUCUCGAUUGUUGACUGGUUAUACUUUUGAAAAAACCUCAUGUUUAUCGUCAAGUUCGAAAGCUUCAAUAUCAAUUGAUUGAGAUUCGCAUUGCUUGAUUGGUUUUGAUGUCUUGAAGUCAACUUCAAUAUGUCUUCAUUUUCGUUCAAGUUCAAACUUAGGUUCAAGUUAUUGAUUUUUUCGAAUUUUUCGAAUAAUAACUGAAAGUUCUCUAGGAUCUUGUUGUGAUCAGUGAAGAACUCUUCUAAUAUAAGCAAUUUUUCAAAAUUGGACACAUUGGU